GGCCGGAGUGCCAACGCGGACUGCUCUGUUCUGUUCUCACACUGGCGAGGGAGGAGGAGAAACUGUCCACCAUGCUGCUGAAGUCCAUAGUGCCCCUAUGCUUCCUGGCUGCGGCUGUCUUGGCUGUCCCCGCCCAGGAGAAACGUGUCCAUCACCAUGGUGAUCUGAGCGAGCGUCCCCAUGACGACGCUCACGGCUUCCAGUAUGACCACGAGGCCUUCCUCGGGAAGGAGGAGGCCAAGACCUUCGACCAGCUGACCCCCGACGAGAGCAAGGACAAGCUAGCGAAGAUCGUGGAGCGCAUCGACAAGGACCGGGACGGCUACGUCAGCCACGCAGAACUGCACUCGUGGAUCCGACACCGGCAGCGGCGGUACAUCCAGGAGAACGUGGACAAACACUGGAAGGACUACGACAAAGACCAGGACGGGAAGAUAGCCUGGGACGAGUACAAAAACACCACCUACGGCUACUACCUGGGCGAAGAGUUCGAUGACGUCGACGACAAGGCGACCUAUAAGUCCAUGCUGACGCGGGACGAGAGACGCUUCAGGACGGCGGACCGAGACGGCGACAGGAUCGCCACACGCGAGGAGUUCACUGCCUUCCUUCACCCGGAGGAGUAUGACUACAUGAGAGACGUGGUGGUGCAGGAAACUGUGGAAGACAUCGAUAAGAACGGCGAUGGCAAGAUCAACAUAGAUGAAUACAUCGGCGACAUGUUCACCCCCGAGGAUGGGGAGAGCGAGCCUGACUGGGUCCACACAGAGAGGAAACAUUUUUCCGAGUUCAGAGAUACCAACAAGGACGGUUACAUGGAUGCAGCCGAGGUGGCCAACUGGGUUCUGCCUGGAGAGGUGGACCAUGCUGACAACGAAGCCAAACACUUGAUCCACGAGACCGACACCGACAAGGACCAGAAAAUCACCAAGCAGGAGAUUCUGGCCAACUGGAACAUGUUUGUGGGUAGCCAGGCCACCAAUUACGGCGAAGACCUAACCCGGAGACAUGAUGAACUCUGAUCACAAGCUCGCACGCUAUGAAGAAUAUGGUUACCGGGGGUUACGGUGUGGGGGGGGGGGUGUGUUCAGUGAAGUAAGGUUCUCACUCUGGAUUACACACACACACACACGCGCUCACAUACUGUGUAUGUGAAUACAGAGGACACUGAUGGUCACGCACACACACUUUUCUUUCUAUGUUUUAUUUACAUGUCCAUGUGAUUUAUUUUUGAUUUUUUUCAUACUGAGAUGCAUAUCCUCAUAGAUGACAUAUAGCUGUUAUAUAGCCCAGUGAAAACUACGUAUCUCCGAAAUGACAAACUAAUGUCCAACGUGCACUGGCGUCCAGCUGAAAGUAAAGCUUUUUCUCUGAGGUCAACAUGCUCUCAACACACGCCGAUGCAUUUGUUCUUCCAAAGUAAAGAGCAGAGACAAAAGGGCUGUGUCACUGAAUUGAUGGGCUUUGACUAUUAAAGUCUUGUUUUUUUUUUCUA